AUGGAUAACGAGAACGCAGAAAGGAAUGGGCAGGUCCUGCAUGUGCUGGACCUCCCCCAGCUCUACACAAGGCCCUCGGCCCAAGAACUUCUGAACACGCUCACCCUGCUGACCUCCGAGCCACCUUCGUGGGAAGGAAGCGACACCGAGGAUGACGAGACUCCCAUGGACGUCAAAUCCGCACGCCGACAGAGCAUCAGCGCCGUAAAGGCUCAGCCUGUACAGAUAAAUCCCGAAGGCUUGACCACCUACCUGACAAGGAUAAUUGCGAGCGAUCUGCGCUGGAUAGAGGAUGACGAUGUCAAGGAAGAUAUUUGGGAGGCUGCGAGCAUUCGUCUCAGUGAACGAUCCGGUCGGACUGCUAUGGGCGCGAUAUCGCGCAAGUUCCGGAUUCCCGCGGCGAAGGAAGGCCCCAGCGAGGAUAUCGAAAUUCAUGAGCCAGCGCUGACAGCAGACAACCUUGGUUUGAAGACUUGGGCAUCGUCAUAUCUUUUAUCGCGGCGGCUUUGGCGGCUAGCCGCUGAUGAAAGCAGCCUCCCCGGUGCAAAGGAUCUACCUCCACAUUCGGUGCUUGAGCUGGGUUCUGGUACCGGACUCGUCGGGCUGGCCGCUGCAAUGGUCUUAGGCACAGAUGUACUCCUGACAGAUCUUCCUGAGAUAGUGGAGAACCUAGACCGUAAUGCGCUCUCGAAUGAAGAAAUUCUCGACAGGCACAACGGAUCCGCUUACACUGCGGUUCUGGACUGGACGGAGCCAUCUUCGAUGGAGUUAUCGCUCAAGGCUGUGAAGGAGGCUGACUAUCAGGAGAGCCAACAUUUUCGCUUUAUCUUCGCUGCGGAUCCGCUUUACUCUCCGGAGCACCCGGGGUGGCUAGUGCAAGCCAUCUUAGCCCGGCUCUUACGCGAAGCUGCUGCAAGAGUGGUCAUCGAGCUCCCUCUCCGCACCGCUUACCAGCCGCAGGUCGAAGAGUUCCUCAAGCGUAUGCAGGCGGCAGGUCUCAAGAUUUGUAAUGAAGGAUACGAGACGGGAUACGAUGACUGGGGCAGCCAAGGCGGACGCAAAGCUGUCCGCUGUUGGUGGACGGUCUGGAGUUGGGAGACGGCGUAUUUGGGCGAAUCUCACGCCGUCGAACACGACGAGAUCACGGUACAAGCUAACGAUAUGGGAGAAUCUCACCAACAGCUGCUGGCUGAGUUCAAGGGGUUGGGCGAUUGGGAUUGA